GAAUCUUGUCUGCUUGUUUCUUUGAGCAUCAUGAUGAUGAUCAUCAUUGUGGAGGAAGGAAGUUCUUGAAGAGCUUCUUCAGAGGAAACUGCAUCUGAUCAGAUAUCUUGACAUGUUUCUACCCUCGGUAGAGUCGUCUCCAUAAAGAGUGCACACUUUCAUCCGCCAGAAUGCGACUCCAGCCGUUCGUGUGUCUUCCUGUCGCUGGCGCGCUACUUGUGGGUCACCACGGCGUCACGGCGUCCUGUUCCUCAUGGUCGACUCGAUUCCAGCAGAACAUUGAGGGUGUGUGCGUAUGCAACGCCACGCAUUGCGACUCAGUCUCGACCGAGUAUUUGUCGCUCUCCAGUAGUCAUGUUGGGCUGUUCCAAACGUCUAAAGCAGGCGACCGUCUCGCAUACUCGACUCUGGAGCUCGAUGACUCGAGCGACGACGCAGCGGACCUCAUCAUUGACUCGAAGACGACAUACCAGGAAAUUAUCGGCUUCGGAGGUGCCUUCACGGAUGCUGCAGCUAUCAACGUCUAUUUGAUGAGCUCGGAUGUCCAACAGCUCAUCGUGGAUGCAUACUUCUCCGACGCAGGCCUUCAGUACUCGUUGGGUCGUAUCCCCAUCGCCUCCACAGACUUCUCUGAGUACGUCUAUUCGUACAAUCCUUCGGUCGACGACUUUGAGAUGGCAAACUUUAGUAUCGACGUGGACAAGGACCCGCUUUCGAACAAGUUAAACCUGAUCCAGCGAGCAUUGAAUGAGACCUCGGCAGCCAGCCGUAACCUCACACUCUUUGCUUCGUCCUGGGCGCCGCCGGUGUGGAUGACGACGAGUAACACCACACUCAACUGCGAGAUGAAAGGCUAUCCUGGCGGCGAAUACUGGGAGGCGCUGGCGCUGUAUUACUCAAAGUUCAUUGACUCGUACGAAGCGGAGGGUGUCCCCAUUUGGGGCUUGACAACACAGAACGAACCUACUAAACAGGAACUCGCUAUGAAGUUCUGGCAGAGUCUUCGGUUCAACACAACCACUGAGCGGGACUUCAUUAAGCGAGAUCUGGGCCCAAUAAUGAAGCAGAACCACCCGAACUUGAAGAUUAUCAUUCUAGAUGACCAGAAGGACUUGCUGCUAGACUGGAACGCCUCACUUUUGGACGAAGAAGCACGGAGUUACGUGUCAGGAGUUGGAGUUCACUGGUACAAGAAUUUGGAUUUCGCCUUUGGUACGACUGGAGACUUCGACGACUUAGUAACUUUCCACGACAAACAUCCCGACAUUUUCAUUCUGGCGACUGAAGCGUGCGAAGGCGCCCUGGUCAAGGGGCUGGGGACGGGAGUGGGUACAGAUCUCUUGAAUUACAACAACAUCACAUGGCAGCGUGGCGAAAACUACGCGCGUGACAUCAUCAAUGACCUGGCCAGCUUCGCCAGCGGUUGGACGGACUGGAACCUCGUGCUCAACACUACUGGCGGACCGAACUGGGCUGAUAACCAGGUUGACGCUCCGAUUCUUGUGGAUGAAGAAGGAGGUGCUGAGUUUUAUAAGCAACCUAUGUACUACGUCAUGGGCCAUUUUUCCAAGUUCCUUGUCCCGGGGUCGCUACAGAUCCAGAUGAACGUGAGUAGCAGUGGCAGUUUGACGUUGGAAAACGUGGAUCGAGUGGCUUUCCUGACACCUGAAAAUCAUGUAAUCGUAGUGUUAUCCAACCGCGACAGCAGCGUGAAAAGCAUUCGCGUGAGUCUUCAAGCCGAGCAGCGUGCAGUCACGGUGAUACUGCCGGCGAACGCUUUGCAAACCUUGCUUUUCCCCUCCCUCGAGGGCAGCGAGGCCUCGACAAUAGCUGACAGCAGCUCGACAACUUCCUUGGCACCCUCACCGAUCAUGAGUUUAGCAGCUGCGUUAAUAACCACAGUAUUCGCAGCAUCAUUUCGAUCCUAAACACCAACGUAGACACCGUUUACGAAUGGAUACAAUUUUGAGCGCGGCUGCUUGGCUUCCAUCUUGAAAUGCUCGGCAGGGGAUCAACUUGUUCAUGAAUGGAUCACCACCACCCAACUCAAUUGAUAUCAGUGCUCCUAGACACGAGUCGUGUCUAGCAGCACGCACUGUCACACGAACUCAACGUCGCCCGCAACUGUACCAGGAAAAGUGACACACGUCAGUAUAUUGUUGAUUUGACCACGUAGCCGAUAUUGAAAUCGAGGGGGAUACGAGCGACAAUCUUCACAAUGAACCUCGAAAAAAAACACAACGAAUAGUUUUUGAGGUUCAUUGUGAAUAGCUUCAUCGACGAAUGGAUUCAAAGCAGAGGUGAGGAUGACGAACUCCUCUCUUGCAUUUCACUCGUUUUAGCACGCUCAGUCACUGUUCGACGACGGGUCCACGCCAUCGAAGCAUGGCUGCCGGUGACAGAUCAAGGAAUGAGAAGGAUCGUUUGUACAUGUACCGUGCCGCACGGUCCGUGCGUUUAAUGAACGCCGUUCAUUUUAUCUAUUUACCAUCGAGUCGAGGGGAUCGAGUCGUCAUAUUUGACGUUGGAAUCCAACAACUUUCACCCGUAGGAAAAUAUGCUUCAAUGUUAUCUCAGGCGGGUGAGAUGGCAUAGUUGUAUUGUAGGGGGCAAUAUAUAUUUUGUCCAA